GUUUAUGUGUGUAUAUUUGUAAUUGUGCAUAUAUGUGUACGUAUAUAAAUGUUUACCUUCUGUGAGCACUCAUCUAUGAGUAUGAAAUAUCUUGAAAAUUCUUAAAAACGACUCAUACUACAGAAGUAUUAAAAAUUAUUAAGUGUUGUGGUAUAUUUCUUGGCAGGAACGAACAUUUAUUUCUCUAUAAUUGGUAUUACAGUGUAUAAUAGACAAAUACACAUUUUGUGCAUUAUAUCUCAGUCUAUAACAUAAACGUAUAUACAUAUACUGAAUAUAAUACCAUUUAAAUAUUGAUAAACUGGACUAUUAUUUAUUCAAUAUAUUGUAAAAUAUUCAUUAUACUAUUCAAUAUUCAACGAACUAAUUCAAUUUUCAAGAAAGUCAUCUCAUCAUGAAUGAAUCUUUUGAUGAUCAGGAUACAGAAUUCACGUAUGAAAUACCGGAUUGUUUAAUGGAUGGAGACUAUAUUGAAAUUCAUGGAGUUUGUCAUGGUAAACGAAUAGUUUUUGAAUUAUUAACAGAAGAAGCAUCUACUCAAAAUAUAUUUGACAAAUUACCUCUACAAAUCAUUUUAACAACAGAUGGUUUAGUAACUGUAAUUAGUCGUAAUCCAGAAAAGGUAGCAAAACAAGAACGUUCUGUGGAAAAUGGAAUACAAAUUGAUAAAGCUUUCGAAUUAUGCGUACAUGCUUAUAAGAAAUGUUAUGUUGUUAAAUUAAACGGGGAGGACGUUUGUGGUCAAGAUCAUCUUGUACCAUUGAAUGAAGCGUUUGCUUUAUCAAUGCAAGGAAAAGUUGAUAUAUUAUCUCUUGAAUUUAAAGACAUGUAUUAUGAUGAAGAGGAAAUGAAUAAUAAUACAAACAUGUCUUCUGCUAAUAAUAACAGUAAUAGCAUUAGAAUGGAUGAUGCACAAGCAGGCUUUGUACGUGUCAAUGAGUUAAGACAAAGUUCCAUACGCAGAAAUGAUCCGCCAGUGAUGGUACCAACAAGAACAGGUUCCAAAUUGGAGAAACAAUCAAUAAAAAGUAAAGAUAGUAAUCUAGAAGUUACUGCUUGGAAAACGUCAAAUGAUUUAUCUAGAGCAUAUUUAGACGUUGAUUACAAAGUAUCUACAUUAGAUCGAAAUUCUGCAGCCCAUUCAUAUCGUAAUAGUAUUGAUUUUAGUCACAAUUCAGACUCAAGAAUCUCUGGAACAUUACCACCUCUAGGCAAGUCAGCUAAUGACAGAGUAUCAGAUUACGUAAUGGGAAGUCGAGGUAACCUUAAUACAAAUGAUGCGUCACAUAUAAAACCGAAAACAUCUAUUUUUGGUUCUCGGAAGUCUGCUACCUUAAGUAAUAGUAAAAUUGAACAACGUUUUAACGAAGGCAGAAGUCAGACAGAUGCAGGCGAUUUACACCAUGGAAGCUAUUCUGUAUUGGAUGACGAAGAUCAUAUAGGAUCUCAACUUUCUGCUACAACAUCAACACCUAACUUGCAAGACAAACAUAAGAAAAAACGAUUCAGUUUACUUGGAAAGAACAGAAAAUCAACAGGCUCCGAGUCAGAUGUACGUAAUGACUCUAAGAAAUCCAAAGGAUCUACUCCAGACAUAAGGUUGAAAGAUGGAGAAGGCGAGAAAAAGAAGAAGGGUUUACAUUUAAAAAAUCCUUUUAAACGUUCGAAAACUAAAGAUCAAACACCUUCAGUAUCAUCAGAUCUUGCUUUUACUAGGAACACUAUACAUCCGGCAAUUAAUGUAGCUGUCACUGAACGAUUACCAAAAGAGAUGUCUAAAAAACCAGCACCUGAAAUUGCAGCUUAUCUUCACAAAUCCAAUCCAUCAGCUGAAUUUGAUACACUUAAUUUAACUGGUCGUGAAAUAUUGAGUGAAGAUACUCAUUUCGCACCUUUUGAUAGGAAACAUUAUGAUGGAUAUGAAAAUGUUGGUAGUUCUUAUGAUCCAUUUAAACACAAGACGUUGAGUGACUCAAGAAAAUCCAUCGAGAUUUCAUCUCUAAGUGAUUUGCACUCACAAGGUAAACUUAAAGGACCAGCUCCGGAAUUAGCAGCUUUAAUUCACUCGAAGCAUCCUACUUUAAAUCCAGAAGAUAUAACCAUUGCUCAAGCUUCAGGCUCACAUAUAAGACCAUUCACACCAACAGAUCAUUCACCGAAGCAAUCAAGAUAUCAUAAUGAACCUCCCUCUGAUAUUGCAAAUUUAAAAUUAAAAGGUACAGCUCCUGAAAUAGCGGCGAUAAUAAACUCGAGAACUAAAAGUCCCAACCAUGAAGAUAUAACUCUUACUCAGAGGUGUGAUCAAAACUUCCAUCCGUAUCCUACAGUAGAUACAUCAGGAAAAAAACCUUUUAAGCCCAGUGGAAGUGCAUCAGAGAUAGCUGCCGAUAUACACAAAAAUAAUUUAGCAGAUCAUCGACCCUAUGCAGAUUAUACCCUAACUGGUACUAAUACCAAUGAAAUACAAGGAACAAAAUAUGUACUGAAAGAAAAAGUGCAAUCUACACGUAAAGCUCUUUCUUUGAGUGAACAUAUAUCAGAUGGUGAUGAAACAGAGAGUGGAGGCAGUGAAGUGUAUACUGACAAUGAAUGUUACUUAGAAGUAGGUAAAAGUGAAUAUUAUUUUGAUCGUAAACGUUCUCUGAGAAAUUAUCGCUCUAAACGAUCAACGAAAUUGGAACGUGAAGCUAGACGUAAUAUGGGAUUACAUAGAAAUGACAGCCAAGAAUCAGUCAGCAGCAGUAUCUCAUCGCUUAAACCAACUGAUCGAAAAUUGACCCCAAAAUAUAGAAAACGUCCAGGUACUAAAAAGGAAGAAGUCUCAUCUUGGUUGAACAGCUCUAAUUCACCUUAUAAUCCAAUCCGUAUAGAUGGGAAUGUAUAUCCAAAUUAUACAUCAAAUGUUUACGCUUCAGCUCCUAUUGUUCAUAAACAUUUAAUUCAAAACUAUUUAUUAAAAGAUAUUAUUCAGUCAAUAAAAUGUGAUAGCAGUAUGGAUUUACCACAUCCUCUAACAAUUGGACGAAGUGCAUUAGUUUAUGGUCAUUUCAAGUACAAUUCAGCUGCACGCCAAUCCUGUUUACUAAAACUUGAGUUUAACACCUUCUAUGAAGAAGCUAAUGAAUGUGAAACACUUUAUCUUCAAUUAUGGUCUGAUGGUGGCCUAGAUAUUUUGAAUAGCCAAUCCAUUAAUAGCAAAAUUCUAUACAGUUCUUCAAAUGAUAUUCAAUAUUUGACACUAAAAAAUAAUGAAUUUUGCAAUAAUGAUAAGCAACAAGUAAAUUUCACUCUGAAAUUCAUAUCUCAAAGCUUCUAUACUGCUAUUACUUCAAAUGAUCUAUUUACAUUAAUAUUGAAUAAUCAAUUCUUGAAAUCUAUUAAUUAUCACUUGAAAUCAUUUAAACUUGAAGAUUCAACAAAUGCCGAGUUGGAUAAACUUUUUAUGCCAAGGAACUUAUGUUUACCACUUAUUCUUCAUAUGAAAGAUGAAUCCCGUCAAACAAACACAUUAAAUCUUUUAACAAAACUAACUGCUGAUACCAAAAGAGUCAUCAUCGAAUAUGUUUAUAAACCUAUCAGUAGCUCUGAAUUUGUCUCAAUGCAAAUCCUACUGAAUUUUGAGACAAGUAACUUAAUAAUACAAGAGAUCGCAAAAGAAACAAAUAAUAUUCAAUAUGCUGAAAAAGAGAUAACAUAUAUUCCUGAACAGAUAUGUAAAAUGAAAUUCAGUUGGUACAAUAACACACUAAAGGUACUUCUUAAUAGUGACGAAUCAAUGAUGUACAAUUUUGAACAGUAUUAUCCUCUUCAAUUCUUAUCACAUAUUCGAAUCAAUGGAGAUUUCAUGCUUUUAAAUGCAGGACUUCAAUCGGAUGAAUAAUAUAAUUUAUUUAGCCAGGGUAUUUACAAUACAUAUAUGUCUCCUAGCAAAAAUGAAUACAAAUACGAUAUACAUAUACAUUGGAUGAUUCGUGACGUUUUAACCAUGACUGAUACAACUGACAUCAUAAAAAAAAUUAAGUGUAUUUUCCUUAUUCAUUAAUUACUCUACUCCACUUUAUUUUCUUUUCGAAUAUUUCAAAAUAAAAUUUGUUAAACAUUAUUUUAUAGUUAAAGUAUUCUCUUCUUGAUGUGUGUUGAUUGAUAUACAAAUGUGUCUUAUUCAUUAUUCUUUUUAUCUCACUAUUAUUAUUAUUACGUUUAAUGACAAUACACUCAAACUCCUAAUUUCUAGAAGGUUCCUGUUUUCUUUUUUUCUUCAUUGAAAUCCAUAUGAUUUUUCAUUAUCAUUUUAUUCAGUAAAUUUAUUCUAUAUAAAUUUAUAUCUUGAAUAUAUACUGAUUUAUCAUAUUAUUCAAUCUAUAUUACGAUUGGUUUAAAAGUAAUAUUGUAAUAGAUCUGUUCAGUAUUGUAUCGUAUUGAUAGUUGACCGGUAUUACCUAUACAUUUUACUAGUUGUAUUCAUUCAAUAAAUAAAGUAAUUAAAAGCAAUUAGAAGAUAAUAAUAAUAAUAAUGACGAGCUUUAUUUAGUAUAGUUUAAAUGUUUUCGGUUAUUUUAUUAUUAUAGUUGUAGGUAAACUUUUUUAAAAAAAAUCGUUUUGUUUUCUUCUAAUUAACGUUGAUUUCUAUUGUUAAUGAUUUAAGUUUCUUUUCAUUGUUUCCCACUUUAAAUUUCGAUUCAUGAUUGUUUUAAUUUUCACUAUUUGUGAAAUGAGUAAAUUACAUUUUACCCAUUUAAAAAUACAACAAUAGAAUGUGAAGAACACAGUAGUUGUUAUGCAAAACGAAAAUAAAUUUUCAAAAAAAUAAUAAUCAUAAUAAUGAGUACUUAGAUAUAAUUUGGAAAGAAUGUUUUUGGGACAGUUAGCAACUAUGAAAAAAAGUCAAGAUAAUAACAUUUCUAAAUACUCUCCAUUUAACUAAAAAUAUUGAAAACUGGUCAUAUUUAAUCUGAUUUAUACAAGAUUUUAUUGAACAGUCAAUGUGUCUGUAUGAAUAGUUAAUAUCGGUAUGAAAUUGGUUUGUGUUGAAUUACUAUUUCUAUGUUGAUUAAUUUGUGUUGAUGUAUUAUAAUCAGCUAGCAAUUAUAUUGUAGCACUUCUAUUUCUAUUGUAUUUUAUUCGAAAAACAAAAAAUUCAUAAAAUAUAUUUAUAGAUAGAAUCAUCAAUGUAUUUCUUUUCAUUUUUAAUCAUUAAAAAGGUUUACACAUUAAGUGAAAUAUCUUGAUGAUAAAUGAUGAUUGUAAAAUUUAUUAGUUGACCUAUGAAAAUAUUUAUUGUCGGAAGUGAUCUAGAAUAUACAGAUUACUUAAUUUAAUCAUUAACUCACAAAUCGAUAUGAAGAUAGAUCAUCAGAUCCUUCAUUUCUUGAUGUUGUUUGAGAUUAAUGCUUUCCAAACAAAAACAAUACUUACUCGAACCAAGUGAAGUUAUAAAAAAAAUAACAUGCUACGAAUGAUCAUGAAUAUAUUAUGUUAAAGUACUUGAUGAUCAUUAUAAAAAUGAUUUUAUUGACAAAUAUUAUAGGGACAGAAAUAAGAACUCUGAGUUAAAUUAUUUUUUUUGCAUGGAUUUAAAUUAUAUUUUGGUAAUGCAAUGAGAAGAAGUUUAUCAGAAUUCUGUGAUAUAUUUGCGCAAUACAUUUCGAACAAUUUGGAUAGACAGACACAAUCCUCCAUUGAGAAACAUUUGGUUGAGACUGGUCAUUAGGUUGACAUCAAGCCAGCAUGUGUAAUGUUACACAAAAGUUUUAAAGGAUGUAUACUAAAGUGUAUUGAAGCCUUGGCUAUACGGAAAUUGAAACCCCCUUUGUGCGUCCAAAAACAAUUUGUCCUUACACUUAACCUAUCCUGGUAAUAAUGAUUUAUUAUCCAGAGUGGUAUUCACAUGGCUUUUGUGUACUUUAUUAUUUUUCCUUUGUUAUGACUUACCCUUAAUCUGUCUAGUUGACCUUUUAAUUUUCAUAUAUAAAUGUUCUUAACAAGUAUAUGUGUGAUCAGAUAAUUCGAAAUGUAUUGCGCAAAUAUAUCACAUAAUUCUGAUAAACCUAGUCUUCUCAUUGCAUUAUCGAAAUUUAUCAAAGGGACUAAGUGUUUCAAAUUUUAUAUUUUGGCAAACAAAUAGUAAAUUUGUUGGAAUUGUAUUUGGGAAGAAUAUCUUUCUGUAGAAUGUUUCAUAAAAUACAGAAAUAAUAAGUUGUAUAGAUGAAUGGUACGGUAUUGUACAUAUGUUUUUCCCCACAAUUUCACUUUGUUCUGACAAAGGUUCUACUUGUAGCCUCUCUAUUUUUGAAGUAACUCAGUAAUAAACGUUUACUUCCUGUCCUGUUUUAAAGUUUAAAGUACAAGAUAUAUCCAACUGAAGGUGAGAUUUAUUAGUAAAUUUUCGAUAUAAUAGUAUAUCUGAGUGGCUAUUCUUGCUUAAUAAUAUAAUGAUUCUUCGAGUUUUUCUUAUCUAAGAAAUGUUGUAAAUGAUUAUUUAUUAGAAUUUGUUUGAAGAAGUGAAAGUUUUGUGAUUGUCAUAAAACUUAUCUAUGUCUUUGCAAACAAUUUGUCAACAUCCCAUCUUUUGAUUUAAAAUGCAUUGAAACUUUAAUGGCGUUGUGUUAAUUUCUGAAGCUGUUCUAAUUAAUAAAAAAUGUAUUCACAAACUAAACAUUUCCUAACAUGAAACAGAUCGACAGGAAGUAUUUCUAUGAUAAACAAAUGAUAAAAACUAAUAAUGACAAAUAAAAUUUUUUAAUAGGAUAUAAUUCUGAAACACAUUGUAUUCAAGUACAAACGGAAGUAAAGCUUACAUGUAAGCAAGCAUUAAAUACUUAUGUGUAUCGAAUACAUUAUUUAAUUUUCAUACAUCUGACAUAUAUCUAUAUAAGAAAUAGCAUCUACACUGUGGCGAGCAUGAUCAAACAAACAUUCUACAUUAAUGGAUCUACAAAGCCAUCUCUCAUUUAAUCAGCAUCAUCAAUAAAGUAUCCCUUCACUUUCGAAUUGAUUGACUUUGGAGGUUACCGAUUUUUCAAUUAAAACUGUAAGAAACCUAUUUCGACACAAGCCAUUAAUAGGACAAACUUAUAAAUCAUUAAAAUAUUUAUGAUUUUACAAAUAAUUUUGAUAAAAC